AUGUCCGACAAAGUCCACACUAUCAACUCUGUCGGCGAGCUCGACGCCCUGCUCGCCAGUCACACCUACGUCGCCGUCGACUUCACCGCGACCUGGUGCGGACCCUGCAAGACCAUCAGCCCCGUCUUUGCCAACCUGGCCAAGACGCACGCCGUCGACGCGCACUUUGCUCUCGCCAAGGUCGAUGUCGACGCUGUCCAGGAGGCGGCGCAGCGGUACCGCAUCAGCGCCAUGCCGACGUUCAUGUUCUUCAAGGAGGGGAAGCAGGUGGCUGUGAAUGGACAGGCCAUGAUCAGGGGUGCGGACCCCAGGGCUCUGGGCGCGGCAGUGGAGAAAGUGAGCGCCCUGGCCGCGAAGAGGGCCGGGGAAGCUUGA